AUGCGCCAACACCACAGGACCACGCCACUACAAGCUUGCACCAUCCGCCAGACAAGGCCACACGAGCAUCUCUCACUUACAGAGGGCGUAGAAAAGUGGGAAACCCAAAGGUAUUCAGCACCCCACCCCCACCCACACAGGAGGCCAUCACAUUCACCCACUCAAGGAAUCCGCAGCCAGAGAAGACACAAACAGCCUGGUCCACCGCCACGUCCGCGUGUCAAGGCGAUGUGUGCGUGUCACCUCCUGCCGCGAGCCGUGAAUCCACAUCAGCACUACAAGGGACAGCAAUGUGGCAGCAUCACACAGUGCACCACCGCCGCCUACACUCACACACUACACAAAAUGAGCCAACUGUCACGAUCGCUGCAGCAGCAGCAGCAGCAGUGCGACGUCGAGGUCUAA